CAACAUUCUAUUCCCCAGCUAUACAAAUUUACGCAUUCUUGCCUGUACCGAGGGCAAUUGAACCGAAUAUUACCGCCUUGAUAUUCGAGACAUCUAUUAUAUCCCGUUUAUCCGCUCCAAAAUGGACCCCACGGCGCAGCUCGACCUCUCCAAACUGAGUGAUGCCGAUAAGAAGGAAUUGAACCAAUUCUUGACCAACGAGGCCCAGAAGUCGAAUAUCCAGCAGACCGUUCACCACCUCGCGGACGUUUGCUGGAAGAAGUGCAUUACCGGAAAGGUCUCCUCGGGACGUUUGGACCGGACAGAAGAGGCCUGCGCACAGAACUGCGUCGAAAGAUGGAUGGACACCAACCUGUCCGUAUUGAAGCAUUUGGAGGCUCUUCGCGGACAGUAAAUUCUGAUAGGUUACUGGCUGUAUGAGACAUUGAUGAAUUUUAUUGCUUGUCAUGUUGAAAAUCGGGAUGUGGGCAUUUGCCACUAUAUGAACGAUCCAGUAUGGGACUGGAACUUGUAUAAAUAGAGAAACAUCACGCUACUAUUGUAUGGAGUAUUAACAAUCAUACCUACAUUGAGGAU